AUGUUAUCGAGAACAUUUAAAAGAACAAUCUCAAUAACCGCUAAUAAACCAAUCAAACUUCCAUUUAUUCCAUUGGUUAGUGAGACUGGUUUUCCUGGGGCAAUUGGUAAUACUCCACUUUUGAAAUUACCUAGAAUUUCAGAAUCUAUUGGUCGUAAUAUCUAUGCCAAGGGAGAAUUCAUGAAUCCAGGUGGAUCUAUUAAAGAUAGAGCAGCAUUGUAUAUUAUCAAAGAUGCAGAAGAAAAAGGAUUAAUUAAACCUGGUGGUACUAUUGUAGAAGGAACUGCAGGUAAUACAGGUAUUGGAUUAGCUCAUGUUUGUAGAGCAAGAGGUUAUAAAUGUGUCAUCUACAUGCCAAACACUCAAAGUAAAAACAAAAUUGAAACUUUAAGAUUAUUAGGUGCUGAAGUUUAUCCUGUUCCUGCUGUUGCAUUCACUGAUCCAGAAAAUUACAAUCAUCAGGCUAAAAGACAUGCAGAGAGUUUGGAUAAUGCUGUUUGGACUAAUCAAUUUGAUAAUGUUGCCAACAGACAAGCUCAUAUUGAAACCACCGGACCGGAAAUUUGGGCUCAAUUGGAUGGUAAAGUUGAUGCAUUCACCUGUUCAACAGGUACUGGUGGUACAUUUGCUGGUACUAGUAGAUAUUUGAAAGAUAUCUCCAAUGGUAAAGUUAAAGCUGUUUUAGCUGAUCCUCCAGGUUCAGUUUUGUACUCAUAUAUCAAAUCCAAUGGUAAAGAAAUGAUCAGAGGUGGAUCUUCAUUCACUGAAGGUAUUGGACAAGGAAGAGUCACUGAUAAUUUGAAAUCAGAUAUUGCAAUUAUCGACGACGCAUUGAAAAUUCCUGAUGAAGAAUCAAUUGCCAUGAUUUAUAGAUUGUUGGAUCAAGAAGGGUUAUAUGUUGGUGGUACUGGUGCAUUGAAUGUUGUUGCAGCUGUUGAAGUUGCCAAGACCUUACCAGAAAACAGUAAUGUCGUCACUAUAUUAGCUGAUUCUGCUCAUAAAUAUGCUGAUAGAAUCUUUUCUAAAUCAUGGUUAGAACAAAAGGGAUUGUAUGAUGCUAUACCAAAUCAUUUGAAGAAAUAUGCUGUAUUGGAUUAA